AAAGGGUAAUUCGGAAUACCCCAGUGGAUUGAAUUUUUUUAUCACUGGGAUGCCAGUUUCGAACCGAGGGUUUGAAGCUCAUGCUCCAAGCCAACAAGUUACUGAGGAAACUGACAACGAUACAUUGGACAGUUUAUAAUUUAACGUUGAAACCAGUAGCAUGUUUUGAAAAGGUUUUGUUAUUCAUUGGAAGCUCAGGAGUCAUCUUUUGAAGAAGAUAACCAUCCUUCUAUAUUUCGCUCUAUUUUCAUUCAAGCAUAAAGUUUGUACCUUUGGAAUCAUUGGAUGGUUUUGGACAUGGAGAAGAGUAUAUACACUUUUCUCACUGUGCACCGUUGGGAGUCACUGAACUGUAUGAAAUAUAGGUUGGCUUCCCUUAGGCCUGUCCAUGGAAGGUUGGCUCUGAAAUUUCUCAAUUGGGUCAUAAAGCAACCCAAUUUGGAGCUCAAUCAUGUUACUCAUAUUAUCUGCACUACCACCCACAUACUUGUUAGAGCUAGAAUGUACAAUUUUGCCAAAACUACAUUGAAGCAUCUGUUGCAACUGCCUAUAGGUUUGAACUCUGUUUUUGGUGCCUUGAUGGAGACAUACCCCAUUUGCAACUCAAACCCGGCUGUUUUCGACCUCCUGAUUAGGGUUUGUUUGAGGAACAGGAUGGUUGGAGAUGCUGUGCAGACUUUCUACUUGAUGGGGUUUCGGGGACUGAACCCGUCUGUGUAUACUUGUAAUAUGGUGUUAGGUUCCCUUGUGAAGGAACAGAAAGUUGAUAUGUUUUGGUCUUUUUUCAAAGGAAUGCUUGCCAAGGGGAUUUGUCCUGACGUUGCUACAUUCAACAUUUUGUUGAAUGCUUUGUGUGAGCGAGGGAAAUUUAAAAAUGCUGGCUUUCUCUUGAGGAAGAUGGAAGAAAGUGGUGUUUAUCCGACUGCAGUCACUUACAAUACUUUGCUUAAUUGGUAUUGCAAGAAAGGGAGGUACAAAGCAGCCUCUCAGCUGAUCGACUGCAUGGCAUCUAAGGGUAUUGGGGUGGAUGUUUGUACAUAUAAUGUGUUUAUAGAUAAUUUGUGCAGGGACAGCAGGAGUGCGAAAGGUUAUUUAUUGUUGAAAAGGAUGAGAAGGAAUAUGGUGUAUCCUAAUGAGAUAACUUAUAAUACUCUUAUUAGUGGAUUUGUUAGGGAGGGGAAGAUUGAAGUUGCUACAAAAGUUUUUGAUGAAAUGUCAUUGUUUAAUUUGUUACCCAACAGUAUCACUUACAAUACUUUGAUUGCUGGGCACUGUACGACGGGAAACAUUGGGGAGGCAUUGAGACUGAUGGAUGUUAUGGUAUCACAUGGUUUGAGACCUAAUGAAGUGACGUAUGGGGCUCUUUUGAAUGGGCUAUACAAGAAUGCUGAAUUUGGAAUGGUUUCCAGUAUUCUUGAGAGAAUGAGGAUGGGUGGGGUGAGAGUUAGUCAUAUUAGUUAUACAGCAAUGAUUGAUGGAUUGUGUAAGAAUGGCAUGCUUGAAGAAGCUGUGCAGUUGCUGGAUGAUAUGUUAAAAGUUUCUGUCAAUCCUGAUGUUGUUACAUUUUCAGUGCUCAUAAAUGGAUUUUUCAGGGUGGGGAAGAUAAAUAAUGCAAAGGAGAUUAUGUGUAAGAUGUAUAAGACUGGACUUGUGCCAAAUGGCAUUUUGUAUUCAACAUUAAUCUACAAUUAUUGCAAAAUGGGAUACUUAAAAGAGGCAUUAAAUGCUUAUGCAGUGAUGAAUCAUAGUGGUCAUGUUGCUGAUCACUUUACAUGUAAUGUGUUGGUUGCCACUUUCUGUAGAUAUGGGAAACUUGAAGAGGCUGAGUAUUUUAUGAAUCACAUGAGCAGGAUGGGCCUUGAUCCUAACUCUGUUACUUUUGAUUGCAUUAUAAAUGGGUAUGGAAAUUCUGGUGAUGCAUUAAAAGCAUUUUCUGUGUUUGAUAAAAUGAAUAGUUUAGGACAUUUCCCAAGUCUAUUCACAUAUGGGGGUUUAUUGAAAGGACUUUGCAUCGGUGGACAUAUUAAUGAAGCCUUGAAGUUUUUCCAUAGACUUCGUUGCAUUCCUAAUGCUGUCGAUAAUGUUAUCUUCAACACAAUACUUACUUCUACAUGUAGAUCUGGAAAUUUAUCUGACGCAAUUGCCCUUAUUAAUGAGAUGGUUACAAAUGAUUUUCUGCCUGACAAUUUUACAUACACUAAUCUUAUUGCGGGGUUAUGCAAGAAGGGUAAAAUAGUUGCUGCACUCCUUUUGUCAGGGAAGGCAAUUGAAAAAGGAUUAUUAUCUCCAAAUCCUGCUGUGUACACUAGUUUAGUUGAUGGUCUUCUUAAGCAUGGACAUGCAAGAGCAGCUUUGUAUAUUUUUGAAGAAAUGCUGAACAAAGAUGUUGAGCCUGAUACUGUAGCAUUCAAUGUGAUUAUAGAUCAAUACUCAAGGAAAGGGAAAACAUCGAAGGUCAAUGAUAUUCUUUCAACAAUGAAGAGUAAAAAUUUAUGCUUCAAUUUGGCUACUUACAACAUCCUGCUACAUGGAUAUGCAAAGAGGCAUGCCAUGGCAAGAUGUUUUAUGUUGUACAAAGACAUGAUCAGACACGGUUUUUUGCCAGAUAAGUUUUCAUGGCACUCUCUUAUUCUUGGGUAUUGUCAGUCCAAAUCAUUUGAUGUUGCUAUUAAAAUUUUAAGAUGGAUAACACUGGAAGGUCAUGUAAUUGAUCGUUUUACAUUUAACAUGCUUAUUACCAAGUUCUGUGAAAGGAAUGAGAUGAAAAAGGCCUUUGAGCUGGUAAAACAAAUGAAUCAGUUUAUGGUUAUUCCUAAUGUAGAUACAUACAAUGCCCUUUUUAAUGGACUCGUUAGAACUAGUGAUUUUCAUAAGGCCCAUCGUGUUUUGCAAGUCUUGUUGGAAAGUGGUUCUGUUCCUACAAAUAAACAAUAUAUCACUUUAAUCAAUGGCAUGUGUAGAGUUGGAAACAUAAAAGGAGCAAUGAAACUGCAAGAUGAAAUGAAAACACUUGGUAUCAGCUCCCACAAUGUUGCUAUGAGCGCUAUUGUUAGAGGGCUUGCAAAUUCAAAGAAGAUUGAAAAUGCUAUUUGGGUUCUUGAUUUGAUGCUUGAGAUGCAAAUCAUUCCAACUGUUGCUACCUUCACUACUUUAAUGCACGUUUAUUGCAAAGAAGCUAAUGUCGCAAAAGCUUUAGAAUUGAGGAGCAUAAUGGAACAUUGUCAUGUGAAGCUUGAUGUUGUUGCAUACAAUGUUCUUAUAUCCGGCCUUUGUGCUAAUGGUGAUAUUGAAGCUGCUUUUAAACUUUAUGAAGAAAUGAAACAAAGAGAUCUUUGGCCUAAUACCUCUAUAUACAUAGUUCUUAUUGAUUCUUUCUGUGCUGGAAAUUAUCAAAUUGAAAGUGAAAAACUUUUGAGGGACAUACAAGACAGGGAAUUGGUUUCAUUAAAUUCAUAUGGAGGCACCAAAAGAUUGAAUGAGUUGUUGAUAAUUUAUAGGAAAGAAUUAAUUCACUUGAGGUACAAAAUGAGAAGAAAGUAUGGCUGAUCGCAUUAUGCUUUUUGUUUGCCCAAAAUGUGAGUUGGCAGAUGAGGCUGAACCAACAGUUCUGUUACUCAUCAAGAUGUGAUAUUGCUGUAUGGUUGUGCUUCAUAUGAACAAAAUCCAUCUUCUUGGAAUAAAGUUGUAGACAGUGUGAAGAGAAGACACACUUAAAAGGUCUGUACUUAUACUGGGUCAGUUCAAUUUGUUGAGAUUUGUUUCCUCGGUUAAGAGCAGUGGAGGUUUCCUUUUGGUUAAAAGCUUUUUGGAGACACUUGCACAAGAAAUCCUUUGAUGCCCCGGGACUUUUGUUCUUUGCAGUUAACACUGUAUGAUACUUUCUUAGCUCUCAGAUGCAUUUAACAAUACCAUUAAAUAUUAUAGAAAACCAAUCCUUCAUCUAAAGCUUGUAGACUGUUGGUCCUGUCAGUGUUUGAGUUGAUUCAGGAAUUACUGUUGAUCUGAAGAACUCUACCAGUACCUGACUUAUACAUGCACAGGAACUGGAAUAUGUGUUGCAAUUUGCAAGUAUUUGGUUUGACAAAAGAAGUUGCUAUUGCCUCAAGUGCCAAGAGUUUUAUGGUAGAACAUCUUUUCUGUGAGACAUAAGUCUUAGGCAAUAGGGGAAACUGAGAAAUUAAAGUGCACUGCAUUUGUUUUCCAGAUAUAGGAGUAAUCCAAGUUAUAACAUGUUUGGUACCCCAUUUGUCGGACAAUAAUUGCGUCUAAUACCCACAUCCAAGGCAAAGCUAUAUGGAGUAACUUCAGGUUUUUACGUUCCAUAUCCAUAUGCGCAUUUCUCCCUGUUGAAUGCAGAACCUAACAGGUGCUUAGUAGACUAUGGUGAAACAUAGAUGGUGUUUUCCUGGGGCCGAGAGGAACGUGAUUUCUUCAUGCGGAAGUGAAGCAUUCAAAGUGUUUAUGUAUUGCAUGUUUACCCCAUGAUGCGGCCAUCAUUUCAAGUCAUGAGGACUUGAUGACCUCCAAUAGUGUGGAUAAGGCGGGAUGCAACAGUGAGUAGUGGAAAACGGAAGGAUUCUAAGCAUCAAAGCGCUUUAUCUUAUCCAUUCUCUGGUUUACUAUCUCAGUUUCUCCUAUUUGUGUAAAAUAACUUGGGAGAAAAGUUCUUCCGUAUCAUAUUCAACUUUCAAAGAACCAUCAACCAACUUAAAAAUGAAGCAAAGCGAGUGAAACAUAAACCAUAUUGCAAUGUUUCUUGGAGAUUAUUCAAAGCUACAUAAAUGUAUCAUGGGAAGUAAACUAUAUAGAAAAAGCAAAAGAAGAUAUAAAUUCAUUUCUCAAAAAUAAGUAAAUAUAUUGCAUUGUAGACGCCA